CCCAGCUGGGCGGCCGCGGAGGAUACUGGGCCAAGAUGGCGGCUGCGAGGAGAGCGCUGCCGCGGCGACUGGUGGGCUUGGCGUCCCUCCGGGCUGUCAGCACCUCAUCUAUGGGCACCUUCCCAAAGCAGGUGAAGAUUGUGGAAGUUGGUCCCCGAGAUGGUCUACAAAAUGAGAAGAGUGUUGUACCUACUCCAGUGAAAAUCAGGUUGAUAGACAUGCUUUCUGAAGCAGGACUCCCCGUUAUAGAAGCCACCAGCUUUGUGUCUCCCAAAUGGGUUCCACAGAUGGCUGACCACACCGAAGUCUUGAAGGGCAUUCAGAAGUUUCCUGGCAUCAACUACCCAGUCCUGACCCCAAAUGUGAAAGGUUUUGACGCAGCGGUGGCUGCUGGAGCCAAGGAAGUGAGCAUCUUUGGUGCUGCCUCAGAGCUCUUCACCAGGAAGAACAUCAACUGCUCCAUAGAUGAGAGCUUCCAGCGCUUUGACGGAAUCAUGAAGAAAGCACAGGCUGCCGGCAUUCUUGUGCGGGGGUAUGUCUCCUGUGCCCUCGGAUGCCCCUAUGAAGGGAAGAUCUCCCCAGCUAAAGUAGCUGAGGUCACCAAGAAGCUGUACUCCAUGGGUUGCUAUGAGAUCUCUCUGGGGGACACCAUCGGUGUGGGCACACCAGGGCUCAUGAAAGACAUGCUGUCUGCUGUCAUGCGCGAGGUCCCAACAGCUGCCCUGGCUGUCCACUGUCAUGACACCUAUGGCCAAGCCCUGGCCAAUACCCUGAUGGCCCUGCAGAUGGGAGUGAGUGUCGUGGAUGCUUCUGUGGCGGGACUUGGAGGCUGCCCCUAUGCACAGGGGGCAUCAGGGAACUUGGCUACCGAGGACCUAGUCUACAUGCUAUCCGGCUUGGGCAUUCACACGGGUGUGAACCUGCAGAAGCUCCUGGAAGCAGGGGACUUCAUCUGUCAAGCCCUGAACAGAAAGACCAGCUCCAAAGUGGCACAGGCUACCUGCAAACUCUGAGCCCCUUGCCCACCUGCAGCUCUGGGUACUGCGUGGGAUUAGGGCACACAUGGAUAAUUCCUGGAUGGGGAAACAGAAAUGAGAAGUAAUUAAAAGGAGUGGACACCUCCCAGGCAGCUCUGCAGAACGAGGCUCUCUAGGCCAGACAUGGAACAGUGAGCAGCCUCCAUAGAAGUCUCCCUUCAUUAUGGGCCCAGGGUUUGGUGCCUGAGGACAGUAAGGAACCUGCUUGGGGUGGUCCUUGAGUCUCAUUGUGCAUGAAUCCGCCAGCUAGCUAAGCAGACCCACACAGCUCCACCCUGUCAUGGCGAUGGUCACUGCUCUAUUCUGAAGGCAAAGGGCAUGGAGAUUUCCCCCAAGCUGGCAGAGGGCAUUUGCUGAAAAGGCAGGGCUGAACUGUAAUGGCCAUCUGCCAACUCCAGCAUCUGUGGUUGUUGAAAACAAGUCAUGUAAUUAAAGCCUUAAUUUUAAUCCGUGGUGCAGAUGUGGAUUUAUGAGGGGAGGAAUAAAGUCUCCUUACAGUGUUGCACUGAGGGGAAAAUGCAGACUUCUCAUAUAUUUGGGUUUUUUUUUUUUUUUUCUGUCACUAUGGAGACUACGCGGGCAGCCAAAGGGGUUGUUACUGAGCCGCGACUCUGCCCAGGGUGGUGGCAGUGCUGAUCUCUGCCCCCAGGCCGUUCCCGGGUGGGUUUGUCGCUGCUGGGCUCCGUGGCGGGCAGGGCGCAGCCUCCGUUCCGGGUGGGCGGGGGCCGCUUGCGGGCUCAAAGCGAUGGGCACAGCGGCUCCUGCCGCAGCAGCAGAGAUCCGUCCCGAGCUGCUCGAUCUGCUCCCAAAUCGGGCCCCCUGGGCGGCCCGGGCCAUGGCCUCUACCCAGUGCAG